AUGGGGUACUAUUUGGUUGUGAGUGGUGUGUUCUUCUUGUGUGCCAUGGUUAGUCACAAUGGACUAGCCAUGAUGGAUGAGAAGUUAACUGGUUCCUCAGCUAAUUAUGACUAUGCAGAUGCUCUUGGCAAAGCCAUCUUGUUUUUUGAAGGACAACGCUCAGGGAAGUUGCCCACCAGCCAACGAGUCAAGUGGAGGGGGGACUCGGCUCUCUCUGAUGGCAAACUUCAAAACGUGAAUUUGAUUGGAGGAUACUAUGAUGCUGGUGAUAAUGUCAAGUUUGGAUGGCCAAUGGCAUUUACAGUCAGCUUAUUGAGUUGGGCUGUUGUUGAGUAUGAGAAUGAGAUAUCUUCGGUGAAGCAACUUGGCAAUCUCCACACUGCUAUCCGCUGGGGCGCAGACUUCAUAUUGCAAGCCCACACUUCCCCAACCACGCUCUAUACGCAGGUGGGGGAUGGAAACGCAGAUCACCAAUGUUGGGAGCGCCCGGAAGACAUGGAUACACCAAGAACAGCCUACAAGAUCGAUGCUAAUUCCCCAGGAACUGAAGCUGCAGCUGAGUCUGCUGCUGCUCUAUCUGCUGCUUCAGUUGUCUUCAAGAAAAUAGAUGCCAAUUAUUCCUCCACGCUGUUAAGCCAUUCAAAAUCACUGUUUGAUUUUGCAGAUAAGCAUCGAGGCUCUUACUCGGGUUCUUGCCCAUUCUAUUGCUCGUACUCAGGUUACCAGGAUGAACUGUUAUGGGCUGCUUCUUGGCUAUACAAGGCCAGUGGAGAAAGCAAGUACUUGAGCUACACCAUAGGAAACCAAGGUUGGAAUCAGGCAGUGUCUGAAUUCAGCUGGGAUAACAAAUUUGUUGGAGCUCAGACAUUACUAACGGAGGAAUUCUAUGGUGGGAAGAAAGAUUUAGCCAAGUUUAAGAGUGACGCUGAAUCAUUCAUAUGUGCAGUGAUGCCCGGAAGUAGCUCUCUACAGAUUAGAACAACACCUGGUGGGCUUCUGUUUACUAGAGACAAUAGUAAUCUGCAAUAUGUCACGAGCUCCACCAUGGUGCUAUUCAUUUUCUCUAAAAUCCUAAACAAAUAUCAUAUUGAUGGAGUCAAUUGUGGCUCGGCGCAUAUCACCCCUUCUGAAAUUAGAGCCUUUGCAAAAACCCAGGUGGACUACAUACUAGGAAACAAUCCCAUGAAGAUGUCUUACAUGGUGGGAUUUGGGAGUAAAUACCCUAAACAAUUACACCACAGAGGCUCAUCCAUCCCUUCGAUCAAAGUUCAUUCGGCCAAGGUGGGUUGCAAUGAUGGUCUCUCGGAGUAUUACUCUUCUGCUAAUCCAAAUCCCAAUACUCAUGUGGGUGCCAUUGUUGGAGGCCCCAAUUCAAAUGACCAAUUCAGUGAUGCAAGAUCUGACUAUUCUCACAGUGAACCUACCACCUAUAUGAAUGCUGGUUUCGUGGGUUCAGUGUCCCCUUUGCUUGGUGAAACGACCCAAACCAAACCAAGGACACUGCAGUUUCCCCAGAUAGAUGGUAGGGAGAUUAAUCAAGCUGAUUAAUGUAAUAUAAUCCCUGAUUAUGUGUCAGAUUGAUUAAGCCGAUACUAAUUAUUACCCCGCCAUAUCCAUGUUAAGAAGAAUUUCACGUAGAAAUCCAUUACAUGUGAACUAGCCAGUAGC